AUGGAGUCUACAAAGAAUUUGCUGCCACUAUCUAAUGAUAUGAAAGAGAGCAAAGAAACAGAACGUAAAGUUCCAACCAUGACAAGAAAAGGAGUUUAUACUGCUUUAUCUUACAUGACUUCUUCAGUGCUUUUGGUCAUGUUCAAUAAAGCAGCUCUCACUUCUUACAAUUUCCCAUUUUCAAAUGUCAUCACACUUUCUCAGAUGGUGUGUGCAUUUGUUAUUCUCUAUGUCUUGAAAUCCUUCAACAUAAUUUCUUUCACAACUGGUGAAUCCCAUAACAACUCUGAGUCUAAAAACUCAAUAUUAUUUGUGCCCUUCAGUACAUUAGUCCACACAUUUCCUCUAGCAAUAACAUAUUUGUUGUACAUGGUGGUGACUAUGGAAGCUGUGCGCGGCAUUAAUAUUCCAAUGUACACCACUCUCAGAAGAACUAUUGUCGCAUUCACAAUGAUCAUGGAGUAUUUUCUAUCCGGGAAGAAACAUUCAAGAUUUGUUCUUGGAAGUGUUGGGAUAAUCAUAGUUGGUGCUUUGGUUGCUGGAGCAAGAGACUUAUCAUUUGAUGCUUAUGCUUAUUCAGUUGUUUUCAUAGAAAACAUGUGCAAAGCAGUGUACCUUGCUUCUAUCUCUCGUGCUGGUAAAGCUAGUGGUCUUAACAUAUUUGGUCUUGUAUGGAGCAAUGUGUUGAUUUGUGGACCAAUAUUGUUCUUUUGGUCCUUGCUAAGAGGUGACCUACAAUCAACACUCAACUUCCCAUACUUGCUCUACCCUGGAUUUCAGGUUGUGAUGGUUUUGUCAUGUGCUUUCACUUUCUUUAUAAACUACAUUGUGGUUUUAAAUACAACUGUCAACUCAGCACUUACACAGGCAAUUUGUGGUAAUUUAAAGGAUGUUUUUACUAGUGGCUUUGGAUGGAUAUUGUUUGGAGGACUUCCAUAUGAUUUGUUCAAUCUUCUUGGUCAAUCACUUGGAUUCUUUGGGUCCUGUUUGUAUGCCUAUUGUAAGCUUCAAGGAAAAUGA